CAUCUGCAGCGGGCGGAAGACGAGGGCAAGCAAGAGCGAGUAGGACAAAGAACGGCCAGAGCACCCACCCCAUUCAUCCGACUGGGCACGCAGCAGGGGCAGAGCGAGUCCUUUCUUUUUGUAAACCGUCAUGUCUUUCCAAUCUUCCCCGACGCUGCCGAGGAGGAAGUACGGAUCGGUCGAGCAAGACGAUGUCGCGAAGGCAACGCCUGUGUUGUCGUUCGACCACCUUCGGGAGAACGGGACGGAGAGAGGAGAAGCUCGCCAUGUUCUCCUUCGUUCACCGCAAGAACUUGUACCGCGAGGGAAUCUUCCAGUGCUCGGGAACCGCAAGUAUCGAUCAGAAGCCCGAAGAGAUUUUGUCCACCGGGCAGUGCGGCUGCCUUGGAUACGAUCUUACCCAGGGAAACGACUACGAGGACAUCUUUGACCGUCUAACAAUGGCGGAAUCCAUCCUCGGGGACGCAGAUGACGAUGUCAAGCGGGAGGUGACUUCGAUCAUUUGCAGCACCCCCGUGAAUGACGGCGAUCACUUGCAGGCGAGCUCGUCCCUGGACCCGUCCUUCUGGCCGACGCACCCGACCAUGGAGCGGCUGUGGAUGUACAGCAUCCUGACGGGGCACAUCACGGACUUCACCUGGCCGGACGACGACGUCACCGUCACCAAGCCCGACGGCACUGUCGAGGUUGAGUCGAUCAGCCUCUACGGCGAGACCUGCUCGGGACACCGCGGCAGCGACGUGUUCCCCUUCGGCCUCCUGGACUCCGACACGGACGGUUUCACGAUCAAGACCGGUAUCCGUGGCAACCUGGACACCGGCAACCAGCUCACCAACCGCGAGGCUCUCCAGGCCUUCGACGCCCGUUCCAACUCCCUUCCCUACGUGUACGACACCUUCAAGUGGACGCACUGCGAGGCGGACGGGGUCAACUUCGACGACGCCUGGGAAAACGCCAAGGCCAGAGGCCCGUCGUCGAUUAAGAGUCGCCCGGCAUUCAAGGAGGGUGAAGUCCGAAGGCCGCGCUACAGCGGCUACGAAGAGAUUAAGGCGAAUGCACAGGCCAGGAAGGCCAACGCUAAGGGUCAGGCCGCCGCGCCCUAAUUCGCGUCCAAUCGGCCCUCGCGAAGAAGCUGGCUAGCAGAAAGUGAGCCCACUCGACAGGACACACGUGGAUUUUGUUUUCUACCUGCUAUUUUGUGUGCCCGUUCUUGUUUCUCAACUGGAUAGGUCGCCGGUGAAUGGGGUAUUCCGGGUGUAUUGCUUUCCACAGCGCUAGUGUCUUCCUACGUUGCGGGCUCGUGCCAGUAGGGUGGAUGGCUGGUGGAUGGCUGUGCAAAAUCCUAUUAUUAUAGUGAUUUUCUGGUGCCGGAAUUGAUAUAAAGAAUAAUCCCCCUUGAUUGGAAGCCCCGUCUCAAGAUUAUUGCAGUGUUCGUUGAUGACUUUUGUUUGUUUUGGUGCCUGGUUGCUCAAGGCGGUUGUGUACUUCCUCCGAUGCAUUGAUGCACGUCGUCGUUGUCCUUGUCUCGAGCGCUAUUUUUUGGUGGUGAAAGGAAUUGGCGCGUGUUCUCCCCCACCCUCGCCGACCUAGGAUGCGGGAUAGUGUUCAGGGUUGUUCGGUUUGUUCUACUCGUAGUACACGUUAGUUAAGUUUUUGUCAAGUCUUGGUAACUCAAACUAAUAUCUGUAAUGUGUCGUAUCAUGUGUACAUGUCGCUUCCCAAGGUCGGCAACGACUUUUUUGCUGCUUAGUUCACGCUUCGUCGUUAUCUUGGUCCGAGAGCAUGCUUCGGCCACAUCGUGGCUCCUUGUGGUUGACCGAAGACGCUCAUUUUUUUUUUUUUUUUGUCGUAUAGGUAGUGCUUGCUGUCCGUGCAGGGACUGGAAGGGCCAGAUUCCAUGCCAGUAGGUGGGGCAUUCAGGAGGGUGUUGAGUGUGUCAGCUGUAAUGGUGCAUAUUUUGCGCUAAAAAGUCAUGCACCGACCUCGUCAGCCCGUGCGAUUGGAGAAGGACUCACGAGAAAAAGGAGAUGAUGAGCUGCAGCCAGCCGUCUUCCUGUUUUUGGUGUAUUUUUGUCGGUGGAGGAUGCAUACAUUCGACACAGUCACCACGGGUGCCGCAGCCCUGCCCAACUGGGUGGGCUGGUGUCUAUGAGAAGUCAAAUGCGGUUCAAAUAUGCAUACAUACAUCAAUCGUAAUUUUGGAGAUGGAGAGAGCGUGUUCGUCCACACGGAUGGGUACGUAGUGGCACGCGCGUGGGCGCCAGUGACUGCUACACCCCACCCGCGAGACUACAGCUGUAGCGUAGUAGCUAAGUUCACGUGUGUUGGGGCAGUUUUUUUGUGCAUGCGUUGUAGACAAUGAGCGAUGUUGGCAAAACAUGGAGUUGCAAAUCCCAACAUCAUGUUGCCUACAAACACGUUCAUUGGUGGCGCCACAAUGAGACGCUCGGUUUCAGGCAGGGUGAAGUUUUGAAGGUCCUCUGGGAAGCCGUUGGUUGGUUUUGAGCAUGAUGAUCCAACGACUGAUUUAGUUUUUUCAUCCUGCCGUGGACCACAAAAAAGCAUGAACGAAUGGACGCUGGCGUCCGGAGUCUUUG